AAGCUGUGUGACCAUAGUUAAAGUAUUUGGUUCAUAAAAGCUUCAACUAUCAACUUGGUGCGUAUAUUGCGGUAUUUAUUGUCGUAAAUUAGUAUGUUUUGAGGAGUGCAGCUACGGUUACGCUAUAUGCGACAACUUUACGUGGCAAAGCAACAAAAAAAAUAAGCAGCAGAAAAAAAUCGAAUUAGCGGACUGACGUGGAAGUUCGUUUUCGUUUUGCGUUUGGUAUUUGUGUAAUUAACUGCAUUUAGCGAAUAGUAUUGCACAAGUGCAGCUAGCCAAUCGUUUCGUAUUUGUUGCAACAAGGGGAACACGGGAACGGUAAACGGCGAACCCCGAACUUUGAGCUAACAAAAUCUCGAGUGUGUUGUGUGAAAGUUGUUGCUACGUUUGUUGUUUUAUGUGCUCAAUUUGAGAGAGAAAGCAAAUUACAAAACACAAAAGCGAUGAAUCCGAAUAUGUAUGGCCCACCGCCCACGCAACAAUUCCAGCCGCAGCCACAACCACAAUAUGCACAGCCACCGCAGCAAGCUUGGCCACCACAACAGCAGCAGCCGCCGCUUCAGCCACCACAGCAGCAGCCGCCGACGUCGCUGCCACAACAACAAUAUGGAGCUCCAGUGACGUCCGCUCAACAGCAGCCCUAUGUGAAUGGCAACUAUCAGCAGUUGGCCACGUCGAUGAGCGGCUUAAGUGUGAGUGGCAAUCCCCUGAAGCCUGCGCAACCGCCGCUGCCUCUUGGAUCAGCAACUGCUGCUGUUGCAGGACCUCCGCCGCCGGCUGCAUUUAAUCAAUUCAAUGCGAACGCUGCGCAGCCGCCGCCAACGUCGCAGCCAAACUACAACAACAACAAUGCCUAUGCGGCAGCUUAUGCAAACGGCUCAACCACGGCACCCUCGCCUGCUCCAGCUGCUGCUCCUCCACCAGCACAGGCUCCACCCGUAUCAGCUGCGCCGCCAGCUGCGUUGUAUCCGCCCACAUCCGCAGCAGCAACUCCCGGAUUACAGCCACAGAGCGUGCCCGGUGGCAUGUCCCAGAUGACAUUAAACAGCGCCAAUUUGGCUGGUUUGCCGCAUAUGCCGCCACCAAAGUCAGCGACUCCUGACCACCAGCUGCCACGUCCAGCAGGUGGCGCACAACCUCCAGCUCCGGCAGCUUUUGGCAGACCUCCGCAGCCGCCCGUAAGCGGAGCCCCAACUCCGUUCACGCAACCUGGUUUGCCACCACAGCCUGGCAUGCCACAUCAACCGGCACAGCCUGGUCUACCGCCUCAACCUGGCAUGCCCCAUCAACCUGGCAUGCCGCCACAGCCUCAUCAACCCCUGCAGCCUGGUCUGCCUCCAUUACCCGGCAUGCCACCUCAACCAGGAAUGCCUCAUCAACCUCCGCAGCCUGGUCUGCCUCAUCAACCGCCGCAGCCUGGUCUGCCUCCAUUACCAGGCAUGCAGCCUCAGCCUGGCAUGCCGCCUCAUCCGGGAAUGCCACCACAGCCAGGUAUGUCUGGUCUGCCACCACAGCCCGGCAUGCCACCACAACCCGGCAUGCCACCACAGCCUGGUAUGCCUCCAGCGCCGUCACAAUUUGGCGCUGCACCACCGCAAGCUCAAGGCUUUGUGCCUGGUUAUGGACAACAGCCCAUACCGGGCUAUCCGCCGCAGCCAGGACAGCAGCCCAUGCCCGGCUAUCCACCACAACCGGGCAGCUAUCCCGGCCAACCCGGUGCCGGCCGUCCUGGCUACAAUCAACCUCCCAUGCCUGGUGGCUAUCAACAAGCGCCAGCGCAGCGUCGUUUAGAUCCCGAUCAGAUGCCGAAUCCCAUUCAAGUGAUGAUCGAGAAUCAAACAAAUGCAGGCGGUCCAUUUGUCACCAAUCAGCCGGGACUUUUGCCUCCGCUCGUUACCACCAAGUUUGUGGUUCACGAUCAAGGCAACUCGUCGCCACGCUUCAUGCGCUCUUCGCUCUACUGCAUACCCAAUACGGGUGAUUUGCUGAAGACAACAGCGCUACCGCUGACCCUCAACAUUUCGCCGUUUGCUGCUGUCGCUCAGGGUGAAAUGGAGCCACCGAUUGUCAACUUUGGUGACAUCGGUCCCAUUCGUUGCAAUCGCUGCAAGGCUUACAUGUCGCCCAACAUGCAGUUUGUGGACGCAGGUCGACGAUUCCAGUGCCUUAUGUGCAAGGUGACUACGGAGGUUCAUCCCGACUACUAUCAGCAUUUGGAUCACACCGGACAGCGUGUGGACAAGCUGGAGCGUCCAGAGCUGCUGCUGGGCACCUACGAAUUUCUGGCCACGAAGGAUUACUGUCGCAACAAUGUGCCUCCCGAGGUGCCAGCGUUUAUUUUCGUCAUUGACGUCUCGUAUAAUACAAUCAAAUCGGGUUUGGUGCAUUUGCUGUGCUCACAGAUCAAGAAUAUACUCAAGCAUUUGCCGGUGGAUCAGGGACAGGAUAAAUCAAAGGUGCGCGUCGGUUUCAUCACCUACAACAGCACCGUGCAUUUCUACAACAUUAAGAGCAGCUUGGCCCAGCCUCAAAUGAUGGUUGUGGGCGAUGUGCAAGAGAUGUUUAUGCCGCUGCUGGAUGGUUUCCUUUGCCAUCCUGAGGAAUCUGCAGCAGUGAUCGAUGCACUCAUGGAGGAAAUACCACGCAUGUUUGUGGACACCAAGGAGACAGAAACCAUACUCUAUCCGGCCAUACAGGCGGGUCUCGAAGCGCUCAAGGCAUCGAAUACUUCGGGCAAACUGUUGGUCUUCAAUUCAACGCUGCCAAUUGCCGAAGCGCCGGGCAAACUGAAGAAUCGCGAUGAUCGCAAAUUGCUGGGCACGGACAAGGAAAAGACGGUGCUGACGCCACAGACGACGGCCUACAAUACGCUGGGACAGGAGUGUGUGCAGCAUGGUUGCUCGGUGGAUCUGUUUCUGUUCAAUAACGCGUACAUUGAUAUUGCAACCAUUGGCCAAGUGUCGCGUCUAACUGGUGGCGAGGUCUUCAAGUACACCUACUUCCAGGCAGAGCUUGAUGGCAAGCGACUGAUCGAGGAUAUCAUUAAGAACGUGUCGCGUCCCAUUGCUUUCGAUGCAGUGAUGCGAGUGCGCACCUCGGCGGGCGUUCGACCCACUGAGUUCUAUGGCCACUUCUUCAUGACAAACACCACGGACGUGGAGUUGGCCAGCAUUGAUGCCACCAAAUCGAUCAGCAUUGAGAUUAAGCAUGACGACAAGCUGCCGCCAGAGGAAAAUGUCUAUAUACAGGUUGCUCUGUUGUAUACCUCGUGCAGCGGACAGCGCAGAUUGCGUAUUUUGAAUCUGGCACUGCGCGUCACAGUCACCAUUGCGGAUGUGUUCAAGAGCUGCGAUCUGGACGCCAUAAUGCUGUUCUUUGCCAAGCAGGCGUGCUUCAAACUGAUGGAGCACACACCCAAACAGGUCAAGGACAAUCUGAUACAGCGUUCGGCACAGAUUUUGGCCUGCUAUCGCAAGCAUUGCACAUCGCCCACAUCAGCGGGUCAACUGAUUCUCCCCGAGUGCCUCAAACUGUUGCCUCUCUACGCGUCUUGUUUGCUGAAAAACGAUGCCAUCUCUGGCGGCUCCGAUAUGACAUUGGAUGAUCGGUCGUAUGUCAUUCAAUUUGUAUUGGCCAUGGAUCUGAAUAUGUCUGUCAACUAUCUGUAUCCACGCUUCAUUCCCAUCCACAAUGUGGAGCCCGACGACACGUCGUUACCAACGCCAGUGCGUUGCACCCACGAAAAGAUAACCGAGGAUGGUGCCUACAUAUUAGAGAACGGUGUGCACUUGUUCAUCUGGCUGGGACAAGCGCUGUCGCAGAGUGUGGUGCAGGCACUGUUUGGUGUCCAGUGCACGCAGCAGGUUAAUGCCGAGCGAUUUGCCAUCACUGGCGAUACUCCGUUGGCGCGUCGCGUUACCGAUAUCAUUGAUCAGAUUAUGGAGGAGCGUACGCGCUACAUGAGGAUUACCUGUGUGAGGCAGAACGAUAAGCUGGAGAGCGUAUUCCGUCAUUUCCUGAUCGAGGAUCGUGGCACAGACGGCUCGGCUAGCUAUGUGGACUUCUUGUGCCACAUGCACAAGGAGAUCAAGGAUCUGUUAAGUUAGCACGUAGGCUACACGUACAAACUGCCGGCAAACACAUCAGCAGCCGCUGCCACUGAGGAGCGCUGGUCCAGGAGCUACUCUCAGAAUCGGGCACGCAUGCGUCGCCUCUCGCUGAACAGCCGGCGGUUUAGAUGAGCAUAGUUCUUAGCAUAAAACAGAGAAAAAGAUAGACAGAGAAGGAGAUAGUGUGUUUGUGUGUGUGCAGAGCGAUAGAGCUGAGAGGAGAGAGAGCACUUCAAUUAAUUAUAUACACAUAUAUAUACAUCUAUAAAGAUACAUACUUAUAAUAGCUGCGACUUCAUUUCGAGCGUUACAAAUCUUCCAUUAUUUUUAUUAAACUUUUCAUAUUUUGCAUGUUUUUUCUUUAGUUUUUAUCUAUCAAUCUUGAGAGUACUCGAUUGACCGAUAUGAUAUCAUCAUCAAACUCUAUAUUGUAGUAUAUGUGUAUUUGUUGUUCUUCUUUGUGUGCUGUGUGUAUUUCUGCGCUGCGAAAACAUUUGUUAAACGAGCAACUGCAAUUAGACCAAUAUCAAUUUUGUUUCCAUCACACUUUUUGGCUUCAAAUUUCCCACAUAUUUUUAAUGCAAUUAAAAAAUUCCCCUUAGUUAAAAACGAAAGUGAAUUAGGCCUGAGGCAUUGAAGUUUGUAAACCCUGUAAAAGGUGUCGAAAGUUCUAUAUUUAUCUGUAGCAAUCCCCAUUUACGAUAUGUAGCAAAAGAUUCCAUCAUUAUAAUAAAAGUGAAAACGAAAAAAAAAAAAAAUCAAGACAAAAUGAUAUUUGCAUGAACUAUAAGUUAGUUUUGUGGCUUAACUUUACUCCUGUGUAACCUUAACUAUUUGUGUUUCCUGUGAGAGUUAUGUUUACUGUAUUUGGUAUAUGCAAUUCCCUCUCCCCUCACUACUCCCAUGUGCAAAAUCAUUUAAUUAUUAUAAAUAAUAAAAAACUUUAUUAAAAAAUUAAA